AUGAAGCGAAUUUUUGUGCUGGAAUGAAAAAAAUUUAAUAAUUUUUAGUUUUGCACAUGCAAAGUUGUUAUUUUUAUCUCGAAAUACUGUUUAAACUGUUGGUGUUUGCUCCCCAGGUGAUUGUUUGCGAUUGUGUAUUGGAAGUGAUCUAAUUCAAACGAUUCUCGUAAUUGCUGGUUCCACGUUCUUUGUAAAUAGAGCAAGGAUCAUAAAUGCAUAAAAUAUCAGUAUAGCUGCAAAGAAGGGUGUGAAUCGUGGGGUUGCAUAUAUUUCGAGGCUAUGGAUUCCUUUGAUAUGAUAGUAAGCAAUUUGAUUGAAUAAGAGGCUUGAAUGGCAAAGUAGUUAUAUGUGUCAGGUGGUUAGAAUGGGUAUCCCGUGAAACGCAAUGAAAGGACUUGAGAGCGGAAACGAUUAUUUCUGAAGUGAUAAACCUGGCAGUCUGAUAUAAAGAACGAUGGAGCAGGAAAUUGGAAGCUGGGAUUCGGUGCUCCUGGAGAACCUCUCCGAGGACAGUUUUAUCAAUAAUUUGCAUCAACGCUAUAAACGUGAUUUGAUCUAUACCUACAUCGGAACGUUUCUUGUGGCACUGAAUCCUUUCAAACCGAUAGCAAUCUAUACACCGGAUCUUGUACGGAAAUAUGCCAACAAAAGCCUGUUUCAACUUCCUCCGCAUAUAUUUGCCUUGGCUAACUCGGCCCACCAGUUUCUACUGAACUACAACGAGGACCAAUGCAUCGUUAUGUCGGGUGAAAGCGGUGCCGGCAAAACCGAAUCGGCCCGAAUGAUUGUUCACUUUCUAACGCAGCUCUCGGAGAUGAAACGUAGCCGAACACCGAUCUUUUCCCUAAAAGGCUCUAAUCCGAACUCCCGUCAGUCGACACCCAAACAUUCCACGAUGUCCCGUGUGGGGUCCUCUUUCGAGAGUAACAGUAGCUCCGGAGCGGGACGGUUGGAUAGCAUCAUGAAGUAUAACACUAGUCGGAAAUGCUCCCACGAAAAGACAGUCGAGUUCGAUCUGAUCUCUCACCACAAAAGCUCGGAAAAUCUAGCGGCUCUGGCUGGUGGCAGCGGAAUUGGAAGUUUUCCCAACAGUAUGGGCAACACGCCGAAGUGCUUGAAACACUCUAACCAGUCAAUUAGUCGAUCAACGGAGGGCAAUGAGUUCCCUACUAAAUCCACUCUCAAAUCGGCGUUCGCCUCUUGCCCGAAGCACAACUGCAGUGCCGGUAGUAGCCAUAUGGAUCUGCACCGAAUGUGUGGCUAUUCGCCAUCCCUGCAAAAACGUUGCAGUCUCAAUCGCUGCUGCCAUCAGAGCAGCACUCGGUCGAUCCACAAAUCGUCCUCGUCGAUUGCGCUCACUUACGAUCACAGUAGCAGUAUGUCACCGUCCGUUCACCGGAGACAGAUUCUUAAGUCGAUCACGAAAGAAGUUUACCUGAGGGAUUUGGAAUUGGCUAAAAUGCGCGAACGUGUCGCGCACGCAGAGUUCUUCCUGGAGGCGAUGGGAAAUGCGUGUACUGCGAAGAACAGUAAUUCGAGCCGAUUUGGCAAAUUUUUCGAUAUAGAAUUCGACUACAAGGGAGAUCCCGCCGGAGGUCACCUCACUUUAUAUAUGUUGGAAAAGUCACGAAUCACAACACGAAGCCCGGGAGAACGCAGCUUUCACAUUUUUUACCAAUUGCUUGCAGGAGCUGACAUUCAUCUACUCAAAUCGCUUAAAUUGCAGCGAAAUAUAGACAAGUAUGAGCUUCUGAAGUACGGCCUUACCAGUGAGGAUGAUCGAACGAAUUUCGCUUUCACAAAGCGAUCCCUGGAGGUACUGGGAUUUGGACCGGAAGAAAUCUAUUCAAUUUUCAUCAUACUGGCGGUGGUGCUGAAACUGGGAAACCUUACGUUCAUUCCGACUACUCACAUCGAUGGUAGUGAAGGUUGUGAAAUUUCUAAUGAAUAUGAACUCGACGAAAUAGCUAAACUACUGGAGAUAGACUGCCAUCUGUUGUUCAACUGUCUAACACGGAUCAGCGAAAGUUGGGAUCAAAGCGAAACAGCAGACAUGUCGGAGGUGGAUGCGAUCUGUGCGGCAAAGAUCAAGUUUUCGCUUUGCCGAACACUGUACAGUCGACUGUUUACUUUAGUCGCGACACGAAUCAACGAGCAGCUGAAGCUGAAACCGUACGGGUGUGGUGCUGGAAGUGCGGUGCGUGGAAAAACCAUCGGUCUGUUGGAUUUCUAUGGCUUUGAAGUACUGGAAAAAAAUUCCUUCGAACAACUAGCGAUCAAUUUUUGCAAUGAGCGACUCCAGCAGCAUUUCGUUAAAAAUGUGCUCAAGUACCAGCAGGAUCUAUACGCUGCCGAGGGUUUGGACUGGAUCAAGAUCGACUAUUUCGACAACCAGGCAAUCUGUGAGCUGAUCGACAAACCUUGCUAUGGAAUUCUGCACUUGAUUGACGAACCACAGAUCAUCAAUGAUGGUAUUCUACUGACCCGGAUGCAUCAGUGCUGUUCGGGUCACACCAACUUUCUUGCACGAGAUCCCAGUUUGCCUACCAACUGUUUUCAAAUUCGACACUUCGAGGGUCCGGCUCUGUACACCAGUCUAGGUUUUGUCGAGAAAAAUCUGGACGUACUUCCGAAGCACAUCAGCUCCUGUUUGUAUCAGAACUGCGGGCUACCGAUCGUGACCAGCUUGUUUCCGGAGGGAAACCCAAAACGCCACAGUGCCACCCGAAAACCAACCAGCUUAAGUACGAAUCUACGUACCUCGCUGCAAACGAUGCUGAAGCAACUGGAGCAACGGUACAAUCACUACAUUUUCUGUAUAAAACCGAACGAGCUCAAGCAACCGAAAAUGUUCGAACUCGGACUGGUCCAGCAUCAGGUGCGGUACAUGUGCCUAAUGCCGCUGAUCAAUCUGUGGCGCAACGGUCACUACUUCAACAUGGCACAUUCUCGGUUUGUGCAACGGUACAAACUGCUCUGCCAGUACACGUGGCCCCACUACAGUGGAUCGACCAUCGAAGGUGUUACGCUGAUCAUCCGAAGUGUCCCCCUGCCCGGGGCUGAAUUUACAAUCGGCCGAAAAAAGGUGUUCAUCCGGAGUCCCCGGACCGUGUACGAGCUGGACGAGUUUCGAAAGGUGCGCCUCAAUGAGCUGGCUGUUCUGAUUCAGAAAACGUACCGCUGCUACACCAAGCGGCGAUAUUUUCUGGCACUGCGGAGAAGUUCCCUCGUGAUAGGAACAUUCUGGCGGGCAUGUAGGGAAAGAGAAAAGAUUCGGCUGACGGAGUUCAAAAAGCAAGCUCAUUGGGCGGUUCAGGUUAUCGGACGAUUCUUCGUACUGAUUAAGACCCGAGAAUUCUUGCUGACUUUGCUGUUGCGACUGCCACACGACAACAUGAGUCCCAUCUGUCACAUUUGGCCCACGGCUCCAUCGUUUCUGGCGGAAACAUCGCAACUGUUGCGCAACAUUUUCCACCGAUGGCGAUGCUACAAGUACCGGAAAUCGUUCGAUCAACCGGCUCGCAAUCGGAUGCGUGAGAAAGUGACUGCCAGCAUCAUAUUCAAGGAUCGGAAAAUCUCCUACCCCAGAACGGUGGCCCAUCCGUUUCACGGCGACUACAUUCGGUUGCGGCAGAACAUCCAGUGGAAGCGGGUUAGCUGCGAGCACAACGACCAGUAUGUGGUUUUUGCCGAUAUCAUAAAUAAAAUUGCUCGAUCCAGUGGAAAGUUCAUCCCUAUUCUGCUGGUCCUGUCGACUAACUCGAUGCUUCUGCUGGACCAGAAAACGAUGCAGAUCAAGUAUCGAAUACCGGCCUCGGAAAUCUACCGGAUGUCUCUGAGUCCGUACUUCGACGACAUCGCCGUCAUUCACAUACGAGCCGACAAUUAUAGCUCUAAUAUGUCGGAUCGGUCCGAGUCGCCAACCGGGUGCAUGUUUCAGUCCGAGAUUGGCAAGAAGAAGGGUGACUUCGUGUUUCAAACAGCCCACUCGAUCGAGAUCGUAACGAAGCUGUUUCUGGUGAUUCAGAAUGCAACCGCCAAAUCACCGGAGAUCGUCAUCAGCACUGAAUUCGAAGCCAACUUCGGCCAGCAGACGGUUGUGUUUACCUUCAAAUGUGAUGGCCUGAUGGACAGCCCGUACAACCAGACCCGGGUCCAGCGCAAGGGCAACCGGAUGGAGGUGAUCGUGUAACAGCGGGCCUUUCCGGAGGAGAAAAAAAUUGGUUGCCAUGGUGGUCGUACCGAGCUGAUGGCCGGUCUGUUCGAUUACCACGACGAGGACGGAAUGGAGUUUGGCGUACGCGGAUUGGAAUUUGAUUAGUGUAAUCGAUUUAGGAUUUGGAUCGGGGGUGCGACCAAAGCAAUAUUUGACAGCUCGAAAGAGCAACCGCGAACUGUUCGUUUGUUGAAUGGUUUAAUGGUUUAGUGAAUAUAUGAUAGAUUGAAUUGGAAAACGUGUUGAGAGGCGAGACGAAAGUUAGAAGAAAAAAAAUUAACGGUCAGCGGGUAUAUCGACGUUUGUUAUGCGGAUUAAAUUUAUUCAAAUCUUCGAUAGAACGGUACAUCAAUUAAAACGGUAACCUAGCAAUUGUAAUACAAAGAAAGAAAGAAAAAACACUCGGAAUUUAAACUAGAGAAGGUAGAUUUUGAUGGAUAUAUCGAUUUGACGAUAGAACAAUUCAUUGCAAUUGUGUCUAAUCUGUCGUUAAACUAUAGUUAAAACGUAAUAUUUGCAUUUAGAUUCCGGUUAAGGCAGUGUGGAGCUAGUGGAUGUUUGACAUAUCUGUUGCUUGGUUAAAAACUGUAUUUUGAAGUAUCACGCAAAAAAAAAAUUCUUGCUUACAAUGUCUCAAUGUUUCAAGAGCCGAAGAUACGUUCAACUCGUAGCAUGUUCGCUUCUUCACAAUGCGGUAAACCGGGUAGGAAAUGAAUAACCUGCGGUUCUUUUUAAAAGAGCUGUGAGCUGUUGGCUCACUUUUAUUCGGAUUCGAUUCAAAUGUAUCAAGAGCCGGAGGAUUGUUUCUGCUGUCGAACAAAAAUCACUGGUCACCAUCAUAAUUUUCCAAAUGUCCCGUCGAUGAUAAUCGUGCGAGCUGAAUAAUUGUGACAUACGGCUGAUUCUUCAAAAACGAGUUAAAAAUGAAUAAAAACGCGGUGAGCGACACUCCAGUGCUCCAUGACGGAAAGCUACUAGACUAAAAAUAGACCUUCAUUCUUCUACUUUCGGAGGCCGUGUUCGGUUCCUCCCUCCCUUGUUUGGGAGGGAGGGAGUGUAACCGGAGAACAAAAUGUGUCAGGUGUUCCUUUGCGCAACUAUGUAGAUAAUAAUCCAAGAGAGCCGAAUGGGUGGAGUAAGGUGAUUGGGGAAGCAAUUGAAGUCAUAAACCGUUAAUUGGCUAUUGACGGAUUUCCUCUUUUCCUAAGUAGUCCACGAAAAGUAUAUCAUAAUGAUCCCCGGAAAUUGACGCUAUGUUUCCGACCCAUUGAGCCUUCCUAGAACUGCUUGAGCUAGGAGUUCCAUCGACAGUUACCAAGUAUGGUCAAACAAGCUUCCGGAUUGCGCUUGCGUUCGUGUUUUUGAUCCGCAAUUAGCAUGCGCAGCACUCAAUGGCAAGAUAUUUUUUCCAUCUACAGAAUCUCGCCCAAAAUAAGGCGCAUAUGCGUUUUUGUUGGCCUGAAUUAAUUAAUCUAUUUCAUUAAUAUUGUCAUAUGUAACCGCAUCGGAGGAUUUGCCACGACGAAUUUCGACCAACUUUUCAUCGUUUUCCUGUGCCGUUAGGAUUCUCUAAAAUAAUAGAUUAUACGAGAACAAAAUUCGUUUUUGACGUGAAUACGUUUUAUUCUACUAUCACCUGGGUGAGUGAUGAGAUCGUCAAUAUAUCUUGUUUUAUUUAACGCAUCAACAUAAUUUUUCGUCCACAUUAUCGGAGAUAUGAUCACCAAUUUGUGAUAGAGUUUUCAAUAAUAUGAGAUAACCACAAAUCACUCAAAAUAAAAAUUGGAUGCUUCAUUCAUUUUAGCCUGCGUAGUUGACUCAUUCAGUUUAGACCAGAAUCCAGAUCCCUAAUGCAAUUCUAGAGUACAGUUCUGAAAUUCAGUUUUCAGAAUUCAAGACCAGACUUAGAUUUAGAUAUUAUUUUCCAGAAUUAGUUCUAGUUCCAAAAUUCAGUUCCUCGUCAAGAACCCGGAGUCAGAAUCAAGUUCCUGUUUCUAAGUCUGGAUUCUGUAGCUGAGAUCAGGUUCUUGAUUCGAGAUAUGGACUCUGGAAUCAAAUGUCGGAAAUAAAUUCUGCACUUAGACCUGAAUAUUUAAACAGAAUUCUGGAAAUGAAAUUGAAGUUCAAAUCAGACAUCAGUUCCAUAAUUCCUGUCCAGAAUUCAGACUCAGAAUGCAGUUUCUGGAACAUCACAUGAAAAUCCAGGACCAAGAGUUCAGAUCCAAAACCCAGUUGUAUUUUCAGAAUUCAGUUCUAAUUUCCACAAUUCAAGAAGUGUAGCUGAAUUUAGGAACCUGGAGAUUUUUGAGCUAAAUUCCGAAUCUGAAUUCGAAUUUGAAAACUGAAUUCAGGACCGGAAUCCUGUAAGUUCUGUAACUUUAGAAUGCAGUUACAAACACCUAAUCUCGAAUUCAGUUCUAGAACACAGGUCCAGUGAUCAGUUCAAAAAGCCUGAUCCAGAGUUCAGUUCCCGAGUUCAGGUUCAGAAUUCAGUUCCAGAAUCCAGCAUCAAACUUGAGUUUCAGAAUUCAGGUUCAGAGUUUGCUUCAAGCAUUCGGAUCCAAAACUCGGUUUCAGAAUUACAGGUCCAGAAUACAGAUUAGAAGUUGAAUUAUAAAUUUUAUUCGUAUUCACGUCAUCCGGUUAUGUCUCUGACAUUACCAAGCUGCUUUUUUUUUCUUACUUAACAUGAUGUCAAAAUGUCAAAAAUCAAAUAACUGUAUUGCCUUGAAAUUCGACGUGUCUGCCUAAAUAUGAAUAGAGCAUAAGGUACCAAAAUAUAGCGCAUUUUGUCGUUCUAUUAUUAAAAAAAAACAUUUGGCCCAUUAUUUCGACAUCGUUUAAAUUAGUCUGUGGUUCAUCUCCAGUAGCUUUACUGUAGCUAGUCUUGGUAGAGCUCCUAAAAGACACGGAGGUCUCUUCAGCAGCUCUGCGAUCAACACCGACAGUAUUAGAAGAGUUGAGAUGUUUGUGAACUUCACUGAUGAUGAGUCCGGUUCUCUGCACAUCAGAUUGAGAGUACAUCAGCCUGCUUCAAUCCAUCCGGCGUCGCAAAUGUAUCCAAACAUAAACUUCUCGAUGUGGGAAACAUAUAAAAAAACCGUUGUUUCAACUGAACAAAACUAAAAACACCAAGUAACGUUUAUGUCAAACGCCACCGUCGGCUUCGGCCGGAGGAACGAAUCGUGCAAAACUGUAAAACAAACUCUUUUAAGCCUACAUGCUAAAUUUUAACCUAGAACUUAUUUUUGAUAUUGAUUUUAUCGACUACUUUCAUACAAAACACUUACGGAAUGAUAUAGAAAAAAAAUCGAAGAUACAGACAGACAUUGGAUGAAACCGAAGAGUUUUAAUAUUAAAGUUAAAGUGUUUCUCAUUUCUUCACACACGUUGAUCGAAAAACGGUCUUAACACAAACCGUAAACAGAUUUAAUGGACGCAGAAAUACUAAGCUCAUUGACCUUAACUAUGUUAUAAGAUAUAAAGAAAGAAAGAAAAAAAACUUAACAAUAGGUAGCUCAAUUUGUCUUAUCGAAAUGCAUUUAAAACCAAUUACAAUAGCAAAUAUAGUGAUAAUCUAUUCGAGAAUGAGAGUAUCUGUCCGCACUGGACUGUUGUGUAUCUGGAGUCAGAUAACUAAAAAAGUAAAAAAAAAAUACAAACAAUAGGUAAUAAUAAAAUUGUUAGCACUGAAAUCUAGUACACGAAUUAUUCAAAUAAUCGCAGUUGUGAGUAAAAAAAACUGAUAAAUCGAGAAAACUCAAAGACGCUUAUUUCAAUGACAAACAAACCAACAAAUAAAACAAAGGAAACCAUGGACGAUGGGGCAAAGUGUUAAUGUUCAUCGCCACCUAGCGAAUAAGUAGUCAAUGGAAACCACAUUUAAACAAGUAAACAAACCAGAAACAAUAACCAAUUGACGUUAGCGCAGCGCAAGCGCCUCGACCCGGAACAGACUUAAAUCGAAAAAGAAAGCGUGACCCGUUCCCGUUCUUAUUUCGCCGUUAGUUCGAAGGAAAAAGUGCAUUGCGCUGGCGAGACAAAAUCAAAUAGAAUACCUCAACGGAAGUGUUGAAUUUUGAUGUUGUGUCGAGAAUCCAAUCAGUUUCUUACCCCCCCCCCCCUUAGACCCCUUCCUUAUCCCAAUUGGCAGGUGAAACUUGUGCCAAAUUUUGUCGGAACGAUAAUUCGGAAUAAAAAUAGGAAAUAAAUAGAACAAAACCAAUACUUUUCAAAGACAUUUUAAACCUUUCUGAUGAAACAAACAACCAAGCAAAAAAAGUCACAGCACGUGUUUGUGGUAUCUUUUAAGAACAUUCUUCCAAUGAUAAGAAGUGCAAUCUGGUGCCGAAAACGAUACACAGUUUUUUGUACGUUUAGUUCAGCGAAAUAAUGAAAAAAAACCGCGCGUCAAUCCGUUGCAUUUGUUCGAUAUUUAGUCGUUUUUCUAUGAAAUCUUUUACGCGUAAAUAACGUAAGAAUAACGGUGAAAUAGAUAUAUAAUCAUAAAUAAAUAAAUAAUAUAGUAGUUGAAAUAUUAUUACCUAUUAAUCCAAACAAACAAAAAACAGUAGGAAACACCCGUGUAUGCCGGGGAUGGGGGCAUUACGCAUCUGGACCGGGCAAACCCCGGCCCGGAACCCGUCACACAACCCGCAAACACACACGAAUAUAUAGUUAACAGAGUGGAUCAAAUUGGAUGAGAAGAACUUGUGCCAAAAAAAUAAGAAAAACGUUUGCAUUGAAUGGCACCGCACGAAAGAAAUUGUCUGCUGAGAUUUACAGAAAUAAAUAGAACAAAAUUUACUAAUAUUUGUCCCUUUUUUCUAGUAGAUGGGGCGCGAGUUGUAGAUGAGAAUUUCGGCAUUUUUGUAUUUUUUUUUUCGAAUCGAAUAAACAGGCUUUGACAGUUUGGACGAAAAUUCGUCUUCAUUUACCGACAGAGAUGCCAUUUAUACAGAUUUAUCUGUAUAGUGGUUUUCAGCUGGACAUAGAAUGCGACGGAAUCGUCGCAGAAUAGCGAAAUAAUGAACGUCAGAACCACAGAUGCCAGGUUUGCAGAUUGGUAUGUAAAUUUUCAAUUUCAUUUGUUAGCAGACUUUGCAAUUAAACAGACUUUUUUGCCGAUUUUCGAAGUUUUUUUUUAUAAACCAACGUCCAAUUUAAUGAUUUUUGCUAUUACUGUAGGGGUUUUGUUUGGUUUUCUCGUCAUAAUUUUAUAAUUUGGUCUCGCAGAGAAGCAUUUCUAGUACGCGGACGCCCAAAACUUUACCUGGCAUCUCUGCCAGAAGAUUGGACAGUUGGUUUAACCUAUUAGCGGCCCUUACACGAGUCAUUAAAAAUGUCAUUACUAAAAAAUAAUAUCAUUUUAAUGAACGUGUAAUGGUGCAGUAAUGACGAGAUUUCUAUCAAAUUUGAAAUACAUCAUUACUUAGUCAUCAUUAAAAAUGACAAAAAUAAUGCUCGUGUAAGGGCCGCUAUUCGCUGUCUGCAAAGACAUUAUAUUAACAAGAUAUCCAGCUCUCACAUUUCCCGAACAAAUUAUUGGCAACAUCCUUUUUUUGCGAGCAUGUCGCCCCCAGGCGAGCCCGCAUCGAAUCUUAUAUAUAGAAGUAGUGGAGAAAAAUGUCAAAUUCGUGCGCGCCAAAAUAGCAGGGUUGCGCACCCAUACAAUUGACAUGAUAUAUUGAAUGUGAUGCCGUGCGAUGACGUUGCUGAACUGAAGAUUGACUUCGCUCCAAGCUGAAAGGGUCUGCUGUCUGUUGUAUUGAAAUUGACUAGCAUUAGGUUUUUUACCGUCACUGCUAACCUCAAUCGGAUGAACACAUUUUGACAGUUCAGCAGUACUGUUUGUAAACAGAGAUUUUUUUGUUUGUCUGUUGACAAAUUGGAUGAGAGCAUUUACGGUCCAUAUCGCCAAAAUAAAGUAUUAAAUCAUUUGCUCAUGAUUUGAUACGGUUUGUUUUUCGAGAUUUAUUAAAUAAAAGUGACUAUUUGCAAAGUGUAAAGAUGAUUGUUAGAAAUGUGUUCUUCGAUUUUUGUUUAAGCUUGUUUGUAUACAAUACCGCUGAACUGUCAAGGAUGAAUUUUUGUUCAUUCGUGACGUCACGAUAAAAAAUUCAAUUAGAGCCAUAAGAAAAAUUAAUCGAUUGGUGGAUUUAAGUCAAUUGCAGUUUGAACUGGUAAUAUUCCUUAGCGACAAGUGUUAUUCCAUUGUUCAUUGAAAGCAUCAACAAAUAUAUAUCUGUCAAAAACGACCAACUUUUUGGAGUGCACGAUCUACAAUUUUUUGUAAUAGUUUAAUAACACGCCUAAAAAAAUCCGUGUCAGUUCUAUCCGAUGGCAGAUCACAUACGCAUUAUCAAAAUGAAUUCAUUAUGAUUCAAGUUUACUUAAUAAUUAUUCUGCUAAUAGAAAUUUGUCAUUGUAACAAUCAAUUUAAAAAAAAUAUUUUUUCUGGCUCGUGAUCUCGAACGGGUUGAAUCGAUGCGAAUGACAGUUUCGCUAUCUUUGCGGCAUUUUGUCGCUAUCUUUUUGCAUCGCAAUCUUUUCUAACAGACAGUGAAAAUUACAAUAUUAUACAGAUUUUUACAUGCUCUUACAGAUUUAAUACAGAGUACAGAUUUUAUACAGAUAUCCACAAUUUAAAACAGAUUUAUACAGAUCUCACACAAAAUACGAAAAAAAAAAAAAUUUCUGUCUGAGCUAUCUUUUAGUAUUUUAUUCCAGUGACGAGAUAAAAGUCUAUCAAUCAACGAACAAAUCACAAAUUUAUAUGGAAAUCUGUUGUGAAAUCCAUUUAUAUUAUAAUUUAAAACCAAUUUGAACUGAAAUUCAAGGAAGUAAUGGCAUCAUGAAACUUUACUGUCAAACUGAGAGUUGUAUGACCCGACUUGACGUUGCAUAUUGGGUGUUGAAAUCCCAUGUCAAAUUAUUAAGUCAACAAUUUCAAACUAGAUAAAUAUACGGAAUUACAAUUCAAUUGUGGAUAAAAAAAAUUAAAAAAAAAACUAUGAAAUUUCGUCCUGGAAUAUGACUGCAAUGACUGAUUGAAUCUACCAUCCUACAACCACCUCCUAUUGGAAUAAAAUCUUUUAUCAUCAUUUUGUAGUAAGAAUUUCAUUUUAUUAGUGAAUACAGAUUUUUUAUAUAAAGCAAUACAGAUUUUCUAUGAAAAUAUCUGGAAUCUCUGUUUAGCGACGUCCAGAGAUGUCAGGCAACGUUGCCAGAUUUUUCUCGCUUCGCCAGACAUUCAAACUGACCAGAUCUUUUGCCAGAUGUUCCAAAUUUUCCCAGAUUUUCCAAAUUUUCCUAGAUUUUGUCAGUUCUCGCUAGAUCUUUACUGUUUUGACCUCUAUAUGAUAAGUGGGGGAGACUUUUUUUUUGCUCACCGAAAAUGAAACUCGCAAAAAUUGCCUUGUAUAAACCCAGACCCAGACAAAUUUUUUAGUUUUGACAGAUUUUGGAAAAAAUAACCUGGCAACUCUGAUGCCAGGUCAAAAUUUCAAAUAUCUUCAGACAAGGGUGGCAAAAACUCGCUCAUAAGAUUCGAUUUUUUCUAUUCAUCAGCUCACCUCAUGAUUUCUAUGCAAUCCGUAAAAUGAUGGUGAAGAUGAAACUCAUCGCUGAUCUAAACAAACACAAUCACCUAUACAGAGCACCGCUGACAUCAAAUUAUGAUGGUAGUGAUGGUUCUCAGUUUUGAUUUCAUAGCAUUUAACUCUCAUUCCUAGUUUUAAAAAGUGAGUACUGAGUUUGGCAUCACCAUACCGAGCUACACCGGUGAGUGUAUGCUUAAACCACAGAGCUGCCAACACAACCCAGACUUUCGAUUUUGUUUUUGCUGGUACUCAAAACGAGCACGUGCAUUAAUGUACGAAAACAAAAGUCGAAAGAUUGAAUGUCAUGUCUCGAGCUAAACACAACAGGCUACUAAAACCAAAUGCGUUUUCCAGCAUACGAAAAAUUGUUUUGAGAAUUGGAUUGAAAUGGCAUCGUUUCGAACGUUGGCCGCCCUUGGCAACUCUGGUGGAUGGGAAUACAAGCGAUACAGUGUCCCAAGAAUCUGAUUCAAUGUGUUGAUGUACAAACACAUCAAAUCACAACUCACAAAUCUUCUCUCAGUGGGUUCUAAUAUUUGAUGUACACUCAGCGCUCAUCUGCUGAUUGGUUGACACUACGAUGUUGAGACGAUGUUUUAUCUACACAAAUGGUUACCCAGUUACUCAACUCGUUCAGCGAUGCUUCUGAAACCGAUUUCCAGGUGAGCUGAACUCAGUGAUGAUGAAGUACGGAGUUGAUUAUUGGCAGCCCUGUCUUCAGACAGGGUUGCAAAAGUCAGUAAAUCCUAAAAUAUGUCUGCAGUCAGCGAGUAUCGCUUGCAGGUAGCAAUUUCUCUAUAAAGUUUGACACGCUAAACUGACUUGGCGAGCAAAACAAAAAAAAAGUCGCGGCAUUUAAAAAGUCUGUAAAUUUUGACGAAAGUCUGCGAAAAACUCGAUUUUCAAAAGUCUGCAACAAACAAUCACCCUUAUUCUGAAUAACGACGUAUCGUUUUUUCGAUCGUAUUGCAUUCGUAUUCCUAAUAACGCUAGCAAAUCAAAGGUAGGUAGGAUUCUACCGAACCAUAUUCGACCAAUACGUCGUUAUUCAGAAUAAGGGCGAGUGUCUGCAGCACUAUAAACGAAAUCUGCAUAUUUACAGACAAAUCUGCAAAUCUGGCAUCUCUGAUUAAACCAUGUUACAUCAUACCGAAUUUGUUGUCUUGAUUAUGGCCCACGUGCUUUUACAGAAAUGGAUAAUUUUGCUUGCCUUAACUAUCGGAGUUCAUAACGAAGGAAUCUCUAUUAUCAUGUUUUGGGGGACUAUAACUAACGUAGAUUAACAAUUUUUGAAAAAAAAAAUAAGUCGUGAUGAAAUUUUCAGCACUUGAAGAACACGAAACAUUUGAAAACAACCCAGUAAACCCGUCCGGAAUUCAGUACGAUUUCUAAAUACUACCCUGAUGAAAAAGUCCUCGGAAUUUAUUCAAAAAAUUGAAAAGAUUAUUCAUCAACAUCAAUAUAGUGCUCCCCAUCGACUGCAAACACUUAUACCAGCACUUCAUCCAAUCCUCGAGACAUAUUUUAUUCUUAGUUCAUGGGCCAUCAGAGCCAUCUGCCAUUUUUUCCAUAAUUUCAUCUCGGGUGCUGAAACGCAUUCCACGGAGCGGUUUCUUGGGUCGCCCAAAUAGGAAAAAGUCGCAGGGAGCCAAAUCAGUUGAAUUUGGUGGUUGCUGAACGAUGACAUUGUUGUGACGGUGCGUUAUCGUAGUGCAAGAUCCACGAGUUGUUUGCCCACAAAUCUAGUCGUUUUUCGGCUAAUUGCUUUACGCAAACGUCUCACAACGUCCAAAUAAUACUCCUUGUUGACGGUCUGGCCUUGUGGAAGGAAUUCAUGAUCAAUGAAAUCCGUGAGCAUAGCCUUGUUUUUCGAUUGAAACGACAUGUUUUUUACGGUUGCGUAUUAUUCUUUCACUCGCUUGAUGUCUGGAUUGCGUGCCAUAGCCGUAAAUUCACGUCUCGUCUCCAGUAAUAAUCUAUUUGAUGAAUGCUGGGUCAGAUUCGGCCUUGAAAAUCGUGUUUUUUAAGACAUCAACAAAUGGAAUUCCAUUUUAAAUGUACUCAAUACACCGUAACUUUCACAAGUGUCCCGGUAUCAAGAUGAACAUUUGACAGAAUAUCGAUGACAGAUAUGGCAACCUAAAAAAAUCUAAUCGGAUGACUGAGAGCGCCACACGGUGGUGAAUCCGGGAACUUUUCGAUCAAGGUAGUAAACUCCGAAUUCGGAAAUGGUUGUUGCAUCUGAUUCGGAAUUCCAGACUUCUGCUUUGAAUAACCGCCAGAUAGUCAUGGGUUACAACUUGACAUCACCGCAAGACACUCCACUCCAUAGUAAAUUUUGUUCUAUUAUUCAAGUGAAAAUUUCGUGCGGAACGCAAAAAAGCAAAGCAAACAGCCUAAAUAGAAGCGGGCCAAUGGACCUCGGAAGGGUCGCCCCCUUUAGAUCUGUCGGUAAUUAGUGUUAGUUAUUCGAGGGACAACAUCGUAAUCGCCUGUCACUCGAGCAUGUUUCUAAAACCUUAACGAUAAAAUACAAAAAAAAAAACAAACAAAAAAACACACACAAUGAAAAGACAGCCUAACUACUUUGUUUCUGUUGGUCAACCACUGGAAGGAAAAACACUUUCAAACCUAAUGUUUCGAAUUACAUUGUAAACAGCGAAAUACUACUGCUGUAUUAACACUGAAAAACCAAAGCCAGUGAAAUCGGUAGGAUAGUGUAGUAGUCACAUAUGUCUAACUCAUCACAGCAGGAACAGGAUCAAACGUUAAACCAAACGGGAUUUUUUCAGUCUUACACAUACAAACAUCAAGAUAAAUCAGACUAGCCGAAAAAAACAACAACAUUGAUUAUAAUUAUACAUAUCUCAUCCAUUGAACAACAGCAACAACAGAGUAAUAAAAAAAAUCAUUAGAGAACGAA